CUAUAUGACAUUGGACUAGGAUUCAUACGAUGGAGAGCAUGCUGCAAUUUAUUGUCCUCCUAUCUAUUGUGAUUUUGUCUUGUGCGGGGUGUGGUCCUUGUCAAUACGAUCUGGUGACUGGACCCUACGGUGUGGCCGACGAUGCUUUCUCAGCGUCAUCUACUCACGGCAGUUGCAGUUUAGUAAGAGUAAGAUUCAGCAAUUCAAAAGGCUGGUGUCCGGCUCACACCGGAGACGGACACUUUUUACAGGUGGAGUUUCGAUCUGUCUCAUUGCUCAAGGCAAUACAGACUAAGGGACGGGGAGACUAUAGUCAGUGGGUGUCGUUGUACAGUGUCAACAUCAGUAUGGACGGAAUCACCUGGACGUCCUUAUCGAACUCUACAGGUGACGUACAGAUAUUUUCCGGGAAUUCUGACAGAGACACAGUCGUGACCAAUGUACUAGAAGGGACCGUCAUAGCCAAGUAUAUCCGGAUUAUAUCCGUCUACGGAAAUUCCUACAGAUCGAUGAGGCUAGAGGUACAAGGGUGCCCGUAUUUAGAAAUUAGCAGUACAUGUCAUCGCUGGGAAGCCACACUUGGAUCCACAGGUGACGUCCGUCCUGUUCUCGUAGACACAUUUGCAUCAAGUCAAGGACUAUGUGGAUUAAAAUGCUACAGACAUUCGGAUUGUGAAAGCUUCCUGUUUGACGUCACUUCCGCUCGCUGAAGAUUACUUAAAACGGCUCUCAAUGGAUCACAGGACACAGUUAACCUGGAGGGGAUUUGGUAUUUUUUGAAAAGUUGACUAUGACAGCUUCCAAUGUGACGUUACAUCCAACUACUUUAGUAAAUCUCAAAGGGCAUGUAAACCAUAUUCGGCUUUGACAAUAUACCUGAAGUUUUGAAAAAUGGAUGGUUCACCUUUUUAUUAUUUAUUUGAAUAUUUUGUUUUGAUUUGAUUGUUGACUUUAAAGCGGCCAUGCUGUUAUUGU